UUCAUUUACUUAUGUAUUGUUAUACAUGUUUGUUUUUUAUUCUUGGUUCCAUCGAUCACUCCAAUGUCUUGCCUUCUUGGAUUAGUCGAUGCUGAUAUCACUGCUAAAACCAUCACUUCAUGGACUGUCAGUAAAGUUGGCGGAAAGCCGGACUGGUUCACUACUACCAGCCCAAAAGUUCCACCUUGUGAGGUGUGCAGGGGGAGAACUGUGCUUGUUGUCCAGCUCUACUGCCCCCUAGAAGGAUCACUCUACCACAGAACCCUGUACAUCUUUGCAUGCCCACGUCAGCCUUGUUGGAACAAGACACAGGGCUGGAUUGUGUAUAGAUGCCAGCAGUUGGUCCAGGACAGUGAUAAGCCAGAACAGAGCACUGACAGCACUACAUCUGCCAACAAACUUAAGCCUCAAAGCCAUGGGGACGACUGGGGAUGUGUCGCAGAUGACUGGGGUGAGGCAGAUGACUGGGGAGGUGCAGAUGAAAAUGUUGGAGGAGGCGACAGUUGGGGGACUGAUGGGGAGGACAGGGUUGCAAAGGGACGGGAGGGAGAUGGGAUGGAUGAUCUUGUUGCAGAUAUACGCCGUGGUGCUUCCCAUGCAUCUCAUGUUGGACACGAGGAAAUCAAGCAUGAUGAUUGGGGUAAUGGGGAUAUGGGAUGGGGAGAUGAGGGUGGGGAUGGAAACAAUACAGAAAAGCCAAAUGAAAGCAAUGGAAUAAGUAAGCUUCAACUUCAACAACUGUGCAUUGAUGACAUUGUUGAAAAUGAAGACGAGCAAGAGAAUAAACAAACUGCUUCUCAUGUCAUAGCAGAAGACAACAGUUUGGCAAUAUCAGAUGAUUAUAAAAUAGAAGCUUUAAAAUCAUUACAACAACAGUCAGAGGACAUGGCAUCAGCAGAAAACUCAGUGACCUUAAGAUCGUACUACAUUGAUGUAUUUGAUGAGCCGGAGCAGACUGAAACUCAUAAUAAACAUGUUGCCAAACUGUUGAAAGAAUACCAGAAACGUGAAGGUUGCACUGUCAGUGAUAUCCUUGAAAAUUCCAGCAAUGCAGGGGGUGGGGGCAGGGAGAAGUAUGAGAAAUCGUCCAUAUCCCGGGGCGACCCAGUGUUCCACGCCUUCAUGAAGAGGGUCACCAUCUGUCCAGAACAGACAAUAAGGUACCAGUGGUCCGGGGAGCCCCUAUAUAUUAGCACCCCAGUGACUGCCCCACCCUCCCAAUGUUCACACUGCCAGGGACCUGUGGUCUUUGAGUUACAGCUCAUGCCAGCCCUAGUCAACAAGCUGCAUUUUCCAGGACAUUUCGGUUGUGCCCUGGAGUUUGGAACGGUGCUUGUUUAUACGUGCAGAGCUACUUGCUGGGGUAAUGAGGACAUGUUCCGUGUUGAGCCAGUCAUUGUCCAAGCUGAUCCUGAUGAAUCCCUGUUCCACCAUUCCUGAUACAAGCAUGUUGUUAUUCACUUUAUUGGCUCAAUGUGAUUGAUUAGUUUACCUGUAAACAAUUUUAUUUUUUCAGAGGUGUGAUGGUCUGAUGUUUUUUUUCUCUACUUAGAAACAUUUCAAUAAGUUGACUUUUGAUUUUAACGAAAAAUAUUUUAUAGGUCAUUUUAUUGCUAUGUUGUUAUUAAAUUCAUGUUACUGCUGUAUUGUUAUAAGAAUAAAAUAAAAGCAUGUUGAAUCUUUU